UCCACGAAUUUUACUACGGGAAUUGCUUGUUUAGAUCGAAUCGUGCUCGGGUUAGGAAGGCCGGACGCCGAUCCCCGAGGUGGUCUCCGUUGUUGUGACGAUCUCGGUUUCCGCAACCUUUGUUCUCGUGACCGCAUUUUUCACGCUUCGGCUCGGUGGGGUUUCCCCGGUCCGGCGCGUCAUGGAUCUUCUCUGGAACGCCUACGGCGUCCCCUCCGAUCAAGAAGAAGACACAGGCCAACGCCAACGCCAACACAGACCCCUGCAGCGCCCUCUGCCUGCUCCUAAAAGGUUCCGAUCGGAAGCGUAUGUUCCUCCUCAGAGCCCCUCCCCACCGCUGGUCUUUCCGCCGGAGCCCUCCGGAAGAUACGUAUCGAAGAGGGAGAGGGCGAUCUUAGCGGCGGCGGCGGCGGCAGCGUCGUCGACUGCUUCCGCUCCUCUGCCUCCACCUCAUCUGCAUCCUUCCACGAGUGUCGCGUCUCCCGUUGUGGGAUCAAUUUCAGAUUCAGAUUUGCCAUCAGACAUAGUGACAUUUUUGAAGUGUCAAAGGAAGGGCCUUGCUGGGAGACGUGGGAUUUCUACAAAACUCGCUGUUUCCUUAGAUGGUCACCGUUCUGCUGUCAAUUCUUUACAAUGGUCUAAAAGUCAUGGACAUCUUCUUGCUUCUGCUGGAAUGGAUCAGACAGUUAAUGUAUGGAAUGUUUGGAGCAGAAAUCAGCAGAAAGCCCGUGUUUUCAGAUGCCAUAAUGCAGCCGUGAAGGAUGUUAGGUGGUCUUCUGAUGGGUUAUCUUUGCUUUCUUGUGGAUAUGACUGUUCAUCACGGCUAGUUGAUGUUGAAAAGGGAAUGGAAACACAAAUAUUUAAAGAGGAUCAAACUGUGGAGGUCAUCAGAUUCCAUCCUGAUAACUCAAGUCUAUUCCUUUCUGGUGGGUCAAAGGGUCUACUCAGAUUAUGGGAUAUAAGAGUUGGGACGGUGGUAAAGGAGUAUCUUAAAGGGCUUGGGCCCAUACUUGAUGUUGAAUUCAGUUUAGAUGGAAAAAACUUUCUCUGUUCCAGUGACACUACAAAGAGCCGUAUUAGUGAGAACUCUAUCAUUGUUUGGGAUGUCUUGCGACAAGUUCCUUUAUCUAACCAGGUUUACACGGAGGCCUACACCUGCACGUGUGUCCGGUAUCACCCAUCUGAUUGUUGUUUCGUUGCGCAGUCCAAUGGCAACUACAUUGCCAUUUUUUCAGCAAGGCCUCCCUUUAAGAUGGAUAAGUGCAAGAGGUACGAGAUGCACGGUGUAUGCGGCUUCCCAAUCAAGUGCAAUUUCAGUUUGGAUGGCGAGCAAAUCGCCUCAGGCUCGUCGGAUGGUUGUAUAUACUUCUUCAGUUACAAAUCCUCGGAGCUUUUGAGAAAAGUAAAGGCAUUCGAUCAGGCAUGCAUUGACGUUGCCUUCCACCCCUUAAUGACUGAUGUCGUAGCUUCAUGCAGCUGGUCUGGGGAAAUUUCUGUGUUUGGAUAGAUCCAAUCUCUCUGACUACUCUUUAAAAAUCAAGAGGCUUAUUAUAUUAUGCCUGAAUGA